GAUAAUCUCGGUCAUAACCGAGAAUGCCUCCAAUCGGAACUUAUUCCGCCGGGAAACUAGUAGAUGAAUUAGCCUCGAAGUGUGAUCCUCAUUAUUAAAAUUAAUAUUCGAUGAUAAUUUUUUCGUGUGACGUCAUCGCUGAAUUUCACUCGGUCUCCACGUCUCAUUGAAUGAAGACAGCGUGCGCAAAAACCAAGGAUUAAAAAGGAUGGUGGAAACAGCGACGGAGACCUCUUGCAAGAGCCGAACGUUGAGUCCCGCGAUGGACGAGCCUCCGAGGAAGAACAUGGACCCGAAGAACACAAACCCGGAGAAGGACGACUACAUGGACUUCGAGGACGACAUCAACGACCUGGUCCGCUCGAUGCCGAUCCGCCGAGCGGAGGACCGACCCCCCCGCACCGAGAUCGUCUGGAUCCCGAACGCCCUGGGUUUCCUAGCGCUCUACGUGGCGAGUCUCUACACGAUCUACCUCUUCUUCUUCGACUCCAAGUGGCCCACGAAAGCCUGGAUGAUCCUAUUGAUGGUAUUUGCUGGACUGGUGACAACCAUGGGUUCCCACAGACUGUUUACUCAUCGAAGCUACAAAGCUGUUCCCGGGCUCAGGGCGUUCCUAGUAUUCAGCCAAGUUCUUACCGCGCAAAACUGCCUGUGGGUGUGGGUGCGGGACCACCGGCAGCACCACAAGUACAGCGACACGGACGCCGACCCGCACAACGCCAGCCGCGGGUUCUUCUUCUCCCACGUCGGCUGGCUCAUGGUCCGCAAACACCCCGACGUCAUCGCCAAAGGGAAACUCGUCGACAUGUCCGACAUGAACGCAGACCCGCUCGUCAUGUUCCAGAAAAAGUACUACAAAUCCUUGUUCACCCUCCUGGCAGUGAUAAUACCUACAGCAAUUCCAUACUACCUGUGGGGCGAGGAUCUGAUGACGUCAUUCAUGAUGUCGAGCUUAGGUCGAAUUCACAUCACAAAUAACUUGGUUUGGCUGGUGAACAGCUGGGCCCAUAUUAUUGGAACAAGACCGUAUUCAGGGAGCAUCCUGCCUUCGGAGUCGUUCUUCGUGGCGGUGGUGGCGCUGGGCGAGGGGUGGCACAACUUCCACCACACCUUCCCGUGGGACUACCGCACGGCCGAGGCCGGGAAGUGGCCCAACCUGACGACGACGCUCAUCGACUUCUGCGCGCGGCGCGGGUGGGUCCACGACCGGAAGGCCGUCACCACGGAGAUGCUCAUCAACCGGGUGGUCAAGCGGGGCGACCACACGCACCCCCUCUUCGGCGACAAGACCCAGGACAUCGUCGACAAGGUCAACGAGGUCAAGCUCGCCAGGGAGGUCACCGAACAACAGGUCGAGGAGGACAUGAAACUCGUGGGCCGCCUCAGUGCCGAUGCCAGGAGUAAAGCGUAGCGUUUGCAUGCCGAAGAUAAAAUAUGCCUGAAGAGGCGGCAGUAGUCUGCCGUCCCAAGGAGGAGCGUCGUAUGGCCUUCAGACGUUGCCAAAUUUCCUUCGAUAAAACCCAAAUUUACAGGGAAAAUUGUGAAUGUAUUUUUUUUUUAAUUU